AUGCCCGCCGGCUACCGCACCACCCGCCGGGAGCUGCUCAAGUUUGCCUCCCUUGCGGGUGCCGCGGGCUGCUUCUACGUGGCAGCUACGCGGUCCAAGGCCAUGUCCUUCGCGAGUCCGCAGGCGCUGAUCAAUGCGCUGAUGCCGCCGCCGGCCCCGGAAUCCCUGGACGGUGGUGACAGGGUGGCCGCCUUCAAGCGCUACAUUGCCGACCUGGAGCGCCGGGGAGGUGGCAGGGAGGUGCCGGAUUUCCCCCGCGGCGCCGACUGGCUCAACUCCGCGCCCCUCACUCUUACGGGACCCCCUACCAGCCGGGGUAGCCUGGCGGGCAGGGUGGUGUUGCUGGACUUCUGGACGUACUGCUGCAUCAACUGCAUUCACGCCCUUCCGGAUUUGGCCGAGCUGGAGACCCAGUUUGCAAGUGCUCCUGUGGCGGUGGUGGGAGUCCACAGCGCCAAAUUUGACAACGAGAAAGACAGCUCCGCCAUCCGUGCUGCCGUACUUCGGUACGACAUCAGUCAUCCGGUUGUCAACGACCGGGGAAUGGCCGUGUGGGCGGCUCUGGGUGUGAGCUCCUGGCCUACUCUGGCGGUUGUGUCUCCCGGGGGGAAGCUCAUCGCCAUGCUGUCGGGGGAAGGCCAUAGGCAGGAUCUUGAGGACCUCAUCACAGCGGCCCUGCAGUACUACGGAGAGACCGGGCAGUUGGAUGGCUCGACCCCCCUUCCAUUGGCACUUGAACGGAACAAGACGCCGCCGGAAAGCGCUGUGGCCAGCCCCCUGCGCUACCCUGGCAAGAUCGCCUCUGACCUGUCUAGCGGCCGGUUGUUCGUUUCGGAUUCCAACAACCACCGUAUUGUUAUAACCGAUCUCAAUGGCCGCUUCAUUGAGCAGAUCGGGGGCAAUGGCCCCGCGCUUCGCGACGGUUCCUUCGAGACCGCUGCGUUCAACCGGCCCCAAGGCCUGGUGUUCAGCCCCCGCCGCAACCAGCUCUUUGUGGCGGAUACGGAGAACCAUGCGGUCCGGUGCUGUGACCUGACCUCCAACACAGUGAUCACUCUGGCAGGCAACGGCAGCAAGGGCCGUGACUACCGGGGGGGCCGGGGGGGCUCGGCGCAGCCGCUCAACUCCCCCUGGGACGUGGAGCUUGAUGCCCGGCAGGACUACCUUUACAUCGCCCUGGCAGGUCAGCACCAGAUCUGGGACUUGGAGCUUUCCUCGGGGACCGCCGCUCUCUUCAGUGGCACUGGUGCGGAACGGAACCAGAACGGCCCCACGCCCUUCACCACCUCGUGGGCCCAACCCAGCGGCCUAUCUCUGGCUGGGGACGGCAGCGGACUGAUGUACGUGGCCGAUUCGGAGUCAUCCACGAUCCGGGUGUUGGAUCUCGGCAGUGGCGGCAGUGGACUGAAGGUUGGCGGAGACCCGCUCUUCUCAGAUAACCUGUUCAGGUUUGGUGACAAGGACGGUUUCGGAGCCGAGGCGUUGCUUCAGCACCCUCUGGCAGUCCUGAGUUCCGCUGACGGAUCUGCCAUCUACGUGGCGGAUUCGUACAACCACCGCAUAAAGGCGCUGAAUCCCAAUACCAAUGAAAUUGUAACGCUCGCUGGCAGCGGCGCCGCCGGCUUCCGGGAUGGUGUCGGUACGGCAGCGCAGUUCUCGGAGCCCGCCGGGCUGUGCCGCGGCCCCAACGGCACCAUACUCAUCGCGGAUACGAAUAACAGUGCCGUACGGAUUUUGGAUCCAAAAACGCAACGCGUCAGCACGCUGGGCUUGACCGGAGUGCCUGACCCACGGGUCGAUCCGCUGGCAGCAAUCGCUGCCGGCGCCACGGUGCCGGGGUUGGCGGUACCGGCGGGCUUCCAGCUAGUGCGCACGCUGCAGCCGUUGGCAGUUGGCCCCAGCGGCAGUUCCUUGACGGUUACCGUUGGCCUGCCGCCGGGCUACCACUUGACGGCAGGGGCGAGCAGUAGCUACUACUGCCAGGUGCUGGCAGCGGCGCCGGGGGCUGACGCCACGGCUACUGUCGUACGGCCAGCAAGUGGCCAGUUACCAGACAGCGUGGCGCCCAGCGUAACGCUAUCUGUGUCGCCGGCGGCAGCGCCGCGGGCUCAGUCACCCCCUGGUGGCUACGACCGUUUGCUACUGCGCGUUUUGGCCAAGGUGUACUACUGUCAGCAGAAUGACGUGUGUCUCUUUGAACAAAUUUGUUUUGAGGUGCCUCUGGAGGUGGCGGGGACCGCAGCACCGGCGGCGGGGCCGACUGCGGUGGCGCUGAAGUACGACAUCGCGCCGCCAGCGGCACAACCGGCAUUCAUCCUGCAGUAAUAACCCGUGGCAGCAACGGACCCUGAGGCUGUCGUUUAUAUGCCGUACGUCGUCGUUUACCGCGUGUCUGGUAAGGCAAGUGUACAAUGUCAUACAUCGUACAAUCUUUCGCUUGACUUGGGUACGGAUACGGAUGGUUUGUAGUAACGGUGAGAAGGAAAGGAUGCGUACAAAAGAAUGCAGUACAGGUUUUUCGUUUUUUGCCACACAGGCUUUUUGCACGAGAGAGGACUUAGCAGCAGUAGGGAUCGGGCUGGCCCGCGGGGCCAGGGGAUGCCACAUACAGUAGUCCGCCGACGGUCACCAGCCAGGAGCGGAUGGACUCGACUUGCCGGCAGGCUUUGGCGCAGCAGCUAGCGCGCAUUAAUCGCUUGGCAGGCAUACAUUCGCGAGGCACUGCAUUACUCGAUGACGCAGCUGAUGAAGCGCUCUGAUGGGCAUAUGCGUACUAUGAAGUGGGGACUGCGUGUGGCGGCGAGCGCCAGAAAGGGGGGCAUGCCGGUACGGUGUGGGGAAGUGGGGCACCGGCUGGGGGAUAAAGGAGUGCGGGGCAGGUCGCCGGGCCGCCCUGCGGUUGCAACAUGUUGUGCUAGGCGAGGCAGGCGGAGAUGGCCGAGUCGAGACCCGGGUAGUGCGAGAUCAUGGAGGAAAUGAAACUCAAGGGUUUGCAGACGGUGUUAAGCUGUGUAUCAGCAACUCCUGAAAGAACCAAUGUAAAGCCAACUCUCGUC